GAGGUCCGAUAGCGUUAUAGCGGGGAGGUCAACACGGAAGGAUUUGUGUCGUCAUACUUACCCGGAUACUCGGAAAGUAGAACAGUUUGACUUUAUCGACGUUGACGACGUCGUUCCGUUAGCAACAACUCUAGUUAGAGGUUACUGUCGUCAAUGUCGUCCCCGGAGUUUGGCUCACUACCCCCGGAACAGCACGUGAAACCAGGACCGCCGGUGUCCGGACCAUAUGGCAGUACCAACUACGAUCCGGAGGCGGGGACGGACGACGACAACGAUGGACCUCCCCUCUCCUUCGCCGACCUGGGAAUACCGACGGGGCCCCAAAUAGAGACGACGGUUGCUGGGAAGAUGCGGAAGAUCCAGGAUACUGAGACGAAAGAGAAGGUGUUCCUCGCUCUCUCUGGAAUCGCCAUCAUCGCAUCCACCGCCUUCACCAUCUACAAGCUGGCCACUGUGGACAAGGCUCAGGCGGACUUUGUCUUCGCCCUCGUCAUCAUUGUCAAUGCAUGCUUCUGCGCGUUCUAUCUGGUGCACGGCGUGCUGAAGGAACGUCCGUAUGAAAUCUUCAUCCUUGUCAUCACCACCGUCAUCAUGCUCAUCUACCUCAUCGUCAACUACUCCGUGGGCGCGGAAGGCACCAUCAAACUGGUCCGGCUGAUCAUCGCGUGCUGCCUGGCGCCAUUUGUGGCGCUGAUGGGUGGGUGGCUGGGGAGGGAGUACAUGCUGUCAGGGAACCUCAUCUUCAGGACGGUGGGUGCCAGCUCUACGCUGCAGUCCAUGUGCAAGAACCUCUUCCUUUUUCUGGACUUGCUCAAGCUCGACCUCCAACUCGGGAUCACCAUGGUCAUACUGAUUCUUGUAAACGGUAUCAACGUCAACACGCUCGACAUCGUCGUUCUCUGUGUCGGUAUCGUCGUAACCAUAGGCUGGUUCGUCUUGGGACAUGCAUGUGUGCGCUUUGAGCACAAGAUCAUGACGUACGUGUUCUGGGGCCUCAGUCCCCUGGAGCUGGGCUAUAUCAUUUAUAAAAUUGUCAAGGCGUCGCAGCGUCUGUCUUUGGCACCGGUUGUGGCCCCGGCUCUGGCCGCGUGCUCCGUCACGGCAGGCAUUCUGGCAGCUCUAACUCGGGUCGGCGUCAUCAUCCUGACCUACUUCGUCUACAGGAACUACGACAACGGCCUCAAGGAAAAGGCAUUUGGCUCCAACUGACCACAUGGAUUCAUGAAUCGUUCAUCAAGGAGGAGGUUCAAACUCUCCAUCCCUCGUCACGCUUGGCUUAUCUCAAUCACGUGGUACCAGCCAUCAUAUGAUACCUUCGUCACGUGGUGUCAACCUACACGUGGUACAAGUCAUCCUAUGAUUCCUUUCAGCAGGUGGUAUCGACGUCAAGCUGCUUCUUGUCAUGGCGGAGACGUGUUUUAAAUGUAGAAAUAUACGGUCACUCGAUGGAACAUACAAUAAACUCAAGAAGGAAGCGGAAUUUCUGAAACCGGUUCUCCAAAACGUGGAUGACAUACCCGCUGCACCACGCCUAUCAUUCAUAUCUUACAGAAUUUCUAUCCAACUAUCAUGCGCCAGCCUGUACAUAUACUAACGCAGUCCUGUACACAUAUUGUCUCUCAGCCAGUCAAGUGUAGCGGUCACGAUAUUGCCGAAGUGACUACUAUAAAUAUUAACUCCCUCACUCAAGUGUAGCGACACCACGCUAGAGUUCAGAAGUGAAUAUGCCAACUGUGUCGCCCUGUCAACAUUGUUAAUAUGUUUAUAUUAAGUGUAAAUAAUCAUCCAUUCGUUUGCUGAAAGACUCUCUGUGUUAAUAUUUUCAUUUCGUAUAAAUGAAAUCCGGAUCGGUAAAAGAGCAAUACUGCUUAAUGUGUAAAUACCGAUCCGGGACAAUAGCUGGUGAUAUAAACAUGUUAUUGCUAAACAUAAUUAGAUGUACAGAACAUAAUAAUAAACCCACAAAAAUAAA